AUGAAUCUCUUCAAGUAGAAAGUGACUUAUUAUUACGAUGAGGAAUUCGGUACCUUUAAUUAUUCAACAACUCACCCUAUGAAACCUUUAAGAGUAGCUAUCACAGAUGAUUUAGUUGGUCAUUAUGGACUUAAAUAAUAUAUGAAUUGUAUUGUAAGAUGUAUUCAUUUUUAGGUUUAGGAUCAAUCUUUUGUUCAAACUUAUAUUAAAAGAGUAGAUGAAGAUGUAUUGACUUAAUUUCAUUCGAAAGAAUAUAUUGAUUUAAUCAAAAUAAUUACUCCAGAAAAUAAAUGCCAACAUGAAGAUUAAUUAUAUAGAUGUAAAUGAAUAAAUAUUUAAAUAUAUAGUCAAUUUUAUGGAAGAUUGCCCAGUUUUGGAUAGGUUAUUUGAUUUUUGUUUAUGUCAAACUUCUGGCUCUGUUGGUGCUGCUUGUGUAAUAGCAGAUUAGAAGAGUAAUAUUGCUAUAAAUUGGAGUGGUGGAUUGCAUCACGCAAAAUAAAGUGAGGCAAGUGGAUUUUGUUAUGUUAAUGAUUGUGUAUUAGGAAUAUUAGAACUAUUAAAAACAUAUUAAAGAGUACUUUAUAUCGAUAUUGAUAUUCAUCAUGGAGAUGGAGUUGAAGAAGCAUUUUAUUUAACCGACAGAGUUAUGACUUGUUCUUUUCAUAAAUUUAAAGAAUAUUUUCCUGGAACUGGGCAUAUUGAUGAUGUAGGACAUGAUAAAGGAAAAUAUUAUGCAGUUAAUUUUCCAUUGAAUGNCUUAUGCAUAAAAUAUGCCUUCAAUAUUUUUAGAGGUUGA